UCGAAAAAUCAGAAUUCUCCGAUCGACAAUGGCCGUCGAAUUUGGUGGCGCCGGUGGCGGCGGAGUUACGCUAUCGGAGAUGUACCAGAACUCCAGGAAGCUUCUCAUCAGGACAAGAGACGGCCUCGAACGCCUCGAACGUCUUGAGUACUCUUCUUCCACUUCCACUGCCAUCGAUUCCCCUGACCUCUCUUUCUCCGUCAAGAAAGACAUCGCUCAGAUCCAGUCACUCUGCCUCGAUAUGGACCGUCUAUGGCGCUCCGUUGCUGCUAAGUCCCAGCGCGAUCUCUGGAAAAGAAAGGUUGAACAAGUAGCAGAGGAGGCUGAGUCUUUGAAGCAAAGUUUGGACAAGUAUUUUCUAAGAACUCAGAAGAGAAUAAAUGAAGCUAAAGAGAGGGCAGAGUUGAUUGGAAGAGCUAAUGGUGAGUCUUCUCAUGUUUUGAGAAUUUUUGAUGAGGAAGCACAAGCAAUGCAGUCAUGUGAUGGUGGUGGAGGUGUGGUUGUUGUGGUGGUAUGA